AUUCAAGCUCUUGAUCACUUCUUCAACUCGUUUCGUUCUCAUUUUACAACACAAUUCGCAAACAUGGAGACUCAGGUUCAAAGGCUUGUUGAGAAGGCGUGGAAGAAGUAUGAGGAAACGCCAAAGGAUAAGAGAUUAUUGAUCGGCGUUGCUGGUAUCCCCGGCUCAGGUCAGUAAGCCCAGUCAACCUCAAGCCUCGACACUCACAACUACUCAGGCAAAACAACCUUCUCACAGAUCAUGACCGAUCGUAUCAAUGCCCGCGCCGCCUCUUCAGAUCCCUCAUCUCAUCCUCCAGCAACAUUCGUUCCCAUGGACGGCUUCCAUCUCACCCGCGCCGCCCUCUCUGCCAUGCCAGACCCUGAUACAGCUCACUUCCGCCGCGGCGCAGCCUUUACCUUUGAUGCGCCCAAGUUCCUCACCCUUGUCCAAGCACUCUCCAAGAGACCAAUUCCAUCAGAGCCAAUUCUUGCACCGUCCUUUGAUCAUGCGCUGAAGGAUCCCCGAGACGACGAUAUCGUCGUCAAGCCGGAACAUCGCGUCGUUGUACUGGAGGGGAACUAUCUUGCGCUAGAUCAAGAUAUCUGGCGAGAUGCGGCGAAGCUUCUGGAUGAGGUGUGGUUCGUCGAGGUGGACUUUGAGGUUGCAAGGAGGCGGCUUAGGGAGAGGCAUGUAAGAGCAGGCAUUGUGAAGGAUCUUGCAGAGGGAGAUAGAAGGGCCAUGGAAAAUGAUCUAGUUAAUGGUAAAGAGAUCAUUGACUUUAGGCUCAGAAUAGAUGAGGUAAUCCAAAGUCGAGAAGAUGGAAGCUGGGUCCAUGAAUAGAAGACCUGAAUAGAGAAAUAAUAAAUACUUUGUGCAUUCCA